CGAUCAAUUUGUAGCCGGUCAAGCAGCAUGAGACCUACAAGACUGCUGAGUGCGGCAAAGGCCGCAGGGAAUGUUGUUCCCGUCACUGAGAAAUACACCCUUCAAUCGUACGGAAUCUGGGAGAGGAUCCGAAGAAUGCUUUCCGUUGAUCCAAACCGCUCCACCGGUGUUCCCAUCAACGCCCAGUUCCGAAAUCCGACCCCCGGAGCCCUCCCACCACAAUCAUAUACUGAUCCAGUGACUAUCCCCGCCGGCGACAUUGCCGAUAACCCAUACUGGAAGCGAGAUGUUAGAAGAAAUUAUCCACUGCCAAGUGUGUUAAGCCAAGCCGACGUUGUCGGGCUCCUUACAGUGGGAAGCAAAGCCGAGCCGAACGAGCAGGCCCUUCUGUCCGGAGAUGCUGGCAAGCAACAAUUAGUGCAGAUUAAGCAGGAGGGCGAAUCGCGCGGCCUCGCGGCAUUUUACGCGGAGAAAGGAAACGGGGCACGCGUAUUAGGUCCUAAUGGGCUGCCACCACUCCCCGCCAACCUCAACCGCGCUGCCAAGUAUCCGAAGAGCGAAGAGCAAUCAUAUCCCUCCAGGUACCAAUGCCGAACAUUCGUAUGACCGACUAUCGAUCAGGCCGACUCUCUUGCUGCUGGAGGGAUCUUGAUUGUACUGUACAGACUUUCCAACUAAAACACUACUUAGAAUCCAGUUCCAUGUCUUAUUAU